AUGGCCCAAGCGAAGGAGUAUAUGCCUGCUAUUGCUAUGGUGGCCGUGCAGGCGGGCUUUGCCGGUCUCAACAUCCUUCCGAAGGUCGCUCUCGACUCCGGCAUGAGCCCAUACGUAAUGAUCGCCUACCGUCAGAUCAUCGCCACUGUCGCCCUCGCUCCCUUCGCUUUUUUCCUCGAAUGGAAAACUCGAAGUGUUCUGAUUACUCGCAAAAUCCUACUUCAAAUAUUGGCCUGCUCCAUUUUCGGGGCGACAAUUAAUCAGUUAUUGUACUUUAUCGGUCUCAAGUACACGACCCCAACGAUCGCAAGCGCCCUGAGCAACAUCCUACCAGCCAUAACAUUUAUUAUCGCCGUUCCUUUCAGGAUUGAGACAGUAAAUAUGAAAAGUAUCCCAGGACAAGCAAAGGUAGCUGGAACAGUCUUUUGUGUUAGCGGAUCAAUGCUCAUGACCUUCUACAAAGGAGCUCUCAUUCAUAUCCCACAUUCUGGCUUACAUUGGCGAUAUGCUGAGAAGGUUGUGGAGAAAAGCACUGAAGCCUCCGCAUUAGCUGGCGGAUCGUCCAACAAGGAAAUAUUUGGCGCAAUGCUAGUGGUGGGAAGCUGUGUAGCGUGGGCAAUUUGGUUCAUUUUGCAAGCAAAUAUGAGCAUGUCCUUUUCCGCGCCUUAUAUGACCUCCACAAUAAUGUGUGCUAUGGCUAGUGUCGAAUGCUUUCUUAUUGGAGGCAUUAUUGAGAGAGACAUUCAUAGUUGGGCUUUGGGCUUCAACAUUCGCUUAGCUUCAGUUUUAUAUAUUGGAUUGAUUUGCUCUGGAUUUGCUGUGUUGUUGAUGACAUGGGUCAUAGAGAAGCGCGGCCCGUUAUUUGUUUCCAUGUUCAGUCCGCUCCAGCUUAUUAUUGUGGCCAUAUUAGGCUGGGCUAUUUUGGAUGAGAAACUUUACGUAGGCAGUGCUUUAGGUUCAGUAAUUAUAAUUAUUGGGCUCUAUUUGGUUAUUUGGGGAAAAGCUAGAGAAUUCAAGAUGGAAGUUUCAGAUGAAGGAGCAGCCAUGGAAUCAGAGCUAAAUAGAGGAGAAGGCAAUCAAGACAUUGAAGAGGAGCUCCCUAUCUAUCCUUUUACUGCCAAUGCCAAUUGUGCAAAGAAGGAUUUUCAAAUUCAAGAAGUUUGA